UAUAGAGCGAGCUAUUGUUGUUAUUAUUGUUGUUGAUUACCUUUAUCUGAUAAUGUCGCUGUGGUUCAAUUUAUUUGCAGUUUGUCGAAAACCGUGAUUUCGUGGAUUAUUUUUUAGCGUAUCUAAUCGGGGGAAUGUCAACACAUCCCGUUCGAUUCUUGUUUCACCAAAGCAAAGACAGAAAUUGAAUUAUUACCGACUGUGGCUUACCGUGCGAAGGUCUGAUCAAUCAUCGGAGUGAACGAAAAUAGUUGAAUUCGUGUGAAGUGUCUUUUAUCACAGCUGAUCUCUUUUAAAUUCCCAAUAAUUUUCCAUGAAUUCAAGGAAAUGACUUUAUUUCACGUACCAUGUAAGCCCUGAUGCUUGUGAUAGCAGUGUGUUGUCUCUGUACAGCAUCAUGUGGAACAUUCCUGCAUUGAUAUCAAGCUGUCAAGUUGUGCUAUCUGUGAUUUGAUGAAACUUCAUUCUCCCUGUAUUCUUUAUGAUUAUACCUCACUUUGGUAUCAUUAUUGAGCGUCUAGCCACUUUUAAAUGCAUUGUCUGUGAUUACUGCCACCCUUCCUCCCCUCAAACUGACAAUGGCAGGUUACAGUUAUCGAGGGGAUGCCGUUCGUGUCAAAGCAGUGAAGUUCGAAGAUUCUAAAGAAGUAAACAGUAAAAAAUUUUGCGUAGACCCUGCAAUAACCACAUUUGAAGUGCUGCAGAGCAUACUCAUGAAGGCAUUUGAAAUGAGAGGGGGCUUCACCGUUCAAUACUCUGCAAAAGAUGAUUUUGGACAAGAAACAUACCUAGGUCUUCUCUCUGACUGGGAUCUAGAUGCUGCUUUCUUGAAUGCUUCCGAACCAUAUCUUUAUUUACGUGUAGAAGCCAAAUCAGAGAAUUUAGACUCCGAAGAUUGGGAGAAUGUAGAUGUAGCAGAGGUUGCAACACAAGCUCUACCAGCUGAAACUUGGGUCCCCCAGCGGUUACCUGGCAUGAUACUAAAUCAGGUAGAGAAGACUUUCAACAUUGUGAAGGGUGCCUUCAACUUAGCGGAGGAAGCAGCAUCUCCUGUUUUCUCUAUGCAACCUCCGCAGCCUCCGUUGACAGAUGCAGAAUUUCGACAGUUUCUAGAUCCAGUUGGUCAGGUGGUCAGAUCUCGAGAGCUUCGCUCGGUCAUCUACUUCGGUGGAGUAGAGCCUAGUUUAAGGAAAGUUGUUUGGAAGCAUUUGCUAAACGUUUAUCCAGAAGGCAUGUCGGGUAAAGAGCGAAUGGAUUACAUGAAGAGGAAAGCCAAUGAAUAUUUCAUGCUUCGCGAUACAUGGAGAGAGAUGCUCAAAAAUGGACAGAUGGUAGGAGACUUGGCUUACGUCACAGGCAUGGUGAGGAAAGACGUUUUACGAACAGACAGGCACCAUCCGUUUUAUGCAGGCAGUGAUGAUAAUCAGAACAUUGCAUCUUUGUUCAAUAUUUUAACAACGUAUGCAUUAAACCAUCCACAAGUUAGCUACUGUCAAGGAAUGAGCGACCUGGCAUCUCCUCUUCUUGUUACUAUGGGCGAUGAAGCCCAAGCUUACAUUUGUUUCUGCGCUCUCAUGCGCCGCCUCUCUCCUAAUUUUCUCCUUGAUGGUAUAACGAUGACCCAGCGUUUCCAGCACCUUACUGAUGGAUUACUCCACUAUGACCCUGCCUUUUACAAUUAUCUGAAAUCACACCAGGCAGACGAUUUAUUAUUCUGCUAUCGGUGGCUCCUGCUUGAAAUGAAGCGAGAAUUUGCUUUUGAGGAUGCCUUGCAAAUGUUGGAAGUGAUGUGGAGCUCUCUUCCAGUUGCCUUCCCAAAUGAAGAGUUGAAACUUUUUGACAAAGAGUUCCGCUUGCCUUCUGAUCUGCCUCCGCCCAGCCCUCGAGAAAACGCCUACACCAAGGUAUGUGCGUUACGAAGACAAACGUCUGCCUCUAUCCCCCUCAGUUUGCACAGCGUUGAUGACGGUUCAAUUUCGCGACGUAGAGCAGCACCUUUUGUCAAACAGACAAAAAAGAAACAAUUUCUGAGCAUGGAUGACUUUUCAAGUACGAAUAAUGGGUCACCACCUAGAAGCCAGCAAAGUUCGUCUUGCGGCGAUAAAAACCAAUAUUUUCCAUCCCCUAGCAAAAUUAAUUUAGAUUUCAAAAAUAAACUUGACCUUAGUAAGUCCAAGUGUAAAAAGCUGUUUUCAUCUCUAGAAAUUAGUGGCAAGUCAGAUAAAACAAAGUCAGAAAAUGCCGAGCAGACUACAUCAGGUAAGGUUAUCAAAAAUCUGAAUGAAUUUAUGAACUUUGACCGCAGCAAUUCCUUACGGGACCAAAGCAGGACCGGCUUAAAGAAACAAAACAAUGUUGAGACUUGCCAGCGACCUGACAGUGAUUCUAGUAAUACAGAUAGUUCGCCGGAUGAUUUUCCGGUCGAAACUGUUGUGCGAGACAUUAAAAAUGAAGCAGAAAAUCUUGAUAAAAGUGUCUUAGCAAUGUAUGAAAGCCAUUACUCCUCUUCUACAGACUCAGAAGAUGAAGUUAGCAAGAGCCCAAGUAAAAGUGAUGUUUUUGUUUGGGAAAAUCCGAUUUGUCGGACCAGCUCUGAUUGCCUGGACAGUGACCGAAGUUAUAGUGACCUGAAUGCUGCAACAUAUGAAAAAAAUAUUCAAAUUAGUGACAAGAACUUUCAAGGGACUUGGGGCCCGCCUCAAAAUGAGAAACCGGUAUCCUCGAGUAUUCAAAUUUCGAUGAACGGUAUUUCUAAUGCCUGGGCAGAUGCUGAAAGUGCCAAAAUGUCCAAGAAACUCAGCGGCUUGCCAGCACCUCAAGAGUUUGGUGGCGGCAAUCCAUUUUUAAUGUUCUUAUGCAUCACAAUUUUAUGUCAACAUAGAGACCGAAUCAUGCGCGCUAACAUGGAUUAUAACGAGGUUGCGAUGCAUUUUGAUAAAAUGGUGCGAAAGCACAAUGUGACAAAGGUACUAAAUCAAGCUAGGACAAUGUACGAAGCAUACUUGAAGCAGUUCAAGACUCAAGAUCUAGGUAAUAGCUUAAAUUGCUGAAAACAUAGCUUAUAUCUGACUCUAUAUGCAUUAUGUAAAAAGUGCAUUUUGGUUUCAACCUGCCAAUAUGCAAUAAUGGACUUCACAAUUUGCCGCGGAAAUGUCCUUCUUCAGUUUAGUCCGUGUUUUAUCUAAGACUGUAAAUUGAAACCUUCAUAAUCAAGAUUUCUAGGGUGAAAAAAUAGCUUCUUUGGUCAGGAAAAUUCUAGAUUUGCCGCACUUGAAAAGUAGCUGAAUUAGCAAGCGCUGGCAACAAUUGUCAGUAUCUCCAAAAUUUUAAAAUUUUAUUGCUCUUAAGUGUUUGAACUGUGCUUACAGCUUGUUUCUUUUUGUUCUGCUCUGUCACCCAGGAGAGUUAGAUGAAUUUUGUAAACUAUAUUUCAUGAAGUAUAAACAACGUAUUGACCAGAAACUUCAUUUGAAGUAAACAUUAAUAAACAGCAAAAAAUUAAAAAAACAUUUCCUCAAAAUUUUGAUCGUUUUUUCCCACCUUGUGUUCUGGAAUACUUUCAACAAAAUCUAAGAGUUAGAGGAUUCUCGAAGCUAUUCCAGCAUAUGGCAUAAGAAUUCUAACAUGUUAAGCCAUCAACCCUUUGAACGUUAAAUGUCAGGCAUCCCUUUCACUUUAUGAUGAAGUAAACUUAUCAAAGCUGCACGUUUAUUUUCUGAAAAGAAUUAUUUUUUUCUUUCUUUUUUUUCUACACUGCCGCUUUUUCUCAAUUUCUAAGCCCCUCUUUCUACAACAUCCUCUGAAGCAGUGGCUGAACAACAGCUAGAAUCUUGACAAACAUGCAUGUUUGGCAUGUUUUGGGGGUCAUAUUGACAUCGAUUAUGAUGACAUGAAGUACAAUUCAUUUGUUAUUAUUUUUUCAUCUAUGUUUAUUUUUGAGUCUAUAACAGCCUUUGGUCCCAUGCUGAUACAAGUAUCAAUGAAGCUUCUGAUUUUUCUUGAACAGUUUUUUCAAACCAAAUGUCGUAUCGUCUGAACUGGAAUAAUCUUAAAUUUUUUUAUGAUGGAUAUAAGCAUGCAACAAAAACAAACCUUAACUUGGCUGCAUUUUACCUUUUUUGUAACUCUUUCAUGAAUUGAACAUUUGACUGGAUGAGGAUUCUCAUCAACAAGUUUUCCGUAAUUUUUUUUUUUUUUUUCAUUCAUUUUAAUUUUAAUUUUAAAAUAGCAUAAUGAAUGUGUUUGAUCACACUAUUCUCCAAUUAAAGCAAUACUUGAAAAAUGUAUAUUCAUUCAAUUUUGUGUGACUAAUAGGAGUCUUUUAUUACCUGUCUCAUCGCUCUGAUGUAAAUAUUUAUCAACAAAAUUUGUUUAAAGAACCAAAAUCACCUACAUCUGUUCAAGUGCUGACAGCCCAAUGCAGUGGAAUGUAAUCUAAUUUCUACCAAUUUUACAAUUCUACAAGUAAAAAUUAUGGGUCUUAGUCUAAGUGCUUUCAGAGCCUCUUUCGGCAACCAUCAUUCCCUCAGAAACUGCUUUUACAGCCUUUUUGUGUAGCAACAUGAUAAUAUUUUGCCAACACCUUUUUUACAUGUGCUAAGCGCUCAUCUGACAUAGGUUCUUACCGAUAUUUUUUUUUAUUUAAAAGAUAGUCCUGUAACUUAUUCUCACCUUUAAGGGGAAAUUAUCAAUAAUAAUACGUAAUGCGCAUAAGUGUAGCAUUUCAAUUUCCAUGUUAGUGAGGAUUAAAAAAAAAGAACCAAUUAUUUUCUUUUUUCUUUCUUUACCCUCACAAAUUUUCUAAGUGUCAAGAUCUCAAAGAAAAUUUUCUUAUUUUGUACGCUAAUAAUUCCCUCACAAGCACAUACUUUGCUCUCUGAUGGAACUCCAAUGGGUUGGAGUUGAGUUGGUCCAAUGAGUGGUUUCAAUGAUACAUCCAGGAUUUCAUACCAGAAUUUCAUAAGUCUUGCACAUUGAGAAGAAAGGGAGGGAAAGAGGAUGAAAUAUCCUCUGGCUUUCAUCCAGGAAAGAUUCCAGUGCCUCUCCUCAGAUAAGUUUUUGAUAAUUGUUCCUGUCUUGAUGUCUGUCUUCUAUAGACAGUAAAAGUUUAAAUGUUUUAUUUUUAAAGGUAUAAAAUCAGGAACCUUUAACAUCAGGCUUGGAUUUAGAGGGUGUCAGCUUGUUGGGUGUAGAAACCUCGUUUAGGCAUAUCAAGAGUUUGAAUUUUAGGAAAAUGUGUUAAAUUAAUGAUCCUCAUAUUGCUUCACUAUCCCUUGUUACUAAGCAGUGAGCCAUUCAUUGAAAGUUUCAGUCUCAGAAAGAAGCAUAGACUCACUCAAGUGAUAAAAAUAGAAAUUGUACUCUAAUUAUUCCUCAGUUUCUUUUCUUUUUUCAAAUUGUAAUCAUUAGUUUUGUAGUUGCAGUUCGAUUUUAUUUUCAACCAUUUCUCUGAUUUGCUCACUAGCAUUAAUGUGUGCACAAUUUAUUUUGUACUACCUGUAUGUUUUUUUCUUUGUUUCCUUUUAUUUCCAGCACUUUACUUUUUGAAAAGAAAUUGUGAUAUUUUUAGUCUUUUUUGACAGCUCUUCAGAGCAUUAGCUUGUUGAUUUUUCUCAUUUUGAUCUUUGAAUCUAAGUACUCUUUGAGUUAAUGUAUUAUACUCAUGUAUAAAUGAUCGGCAGUAUCAGUCAUUGUUGAUUUAAAUAAUUGGCAGGAAAUUAAUAGUCUGAAAAUCUGCGGUCAAUUCAAGGACUAAUAUUGAGGUACAAACAGAUCCUCGAGUUAGGUUUUUCCUUUUUUUUUUCCUUUUUAAUUUUUCCUCUUCCAGUAAUGCCUAAUACUGCCAGUCCUUUUGUUAAUAGGGUCUAAACACAGAAAUCCUACCCGAAGAAUGUGGUCAUUUUCUUCUCCUAUUUUUUUUAAUUUAUUUAUUUUUAUUAAAUAAAAUUCUAAUAAACGUGAUUAAAAAAAAUGAUGGAUAUUCGACACAACGAUUGGAAGUACAGGAAAGUAUCUUGAAACAUUUUUGGCAGUUGAACUCAACGUCUGCCUAAUGAUGGAAACAAUUCUGUGUAUUUUGUUCAGUUUAAAAGUUAGUUUGAAGAAGAUCAUUAUAAUCUCUCAAUGCAUCACCUUUUUGGACCAAAGAUGAACAUCGUUUCGAGGUCAUUAAGGUUGCAGAACUUUAUGCCUUUGUGCGCAUGAGUAUAUGCACUUGUAUAUAAGUAAGUUAGAAAAGAAUUUGUUUUAGAACAUGUCAUUAAAAAAAAAGAAAUCCGUCGAUACUCGAUACUAUGGGGAUGCAUUUAGGAACAUGUGUUCGUCAACUAGUGGGAAGAAGAAACGCGAGUGUCUCACAAAGAUUGCACUUAAGUUUAAAACUCUCGAUUGAACAUUGUGUAUUCAUCAUAAUAAACAACCUAUCUACCAAGAAAAACCGUCUUGCGAACGCCAAAUUGUAAGUUCAGAACACUUUCAUGCCUCCAUCAGUAUCUAGUAAUCCACCUUCUGAAUUGCCAUUCUGUUCUUGAAGACUUUUUCGUACUUCCAAUGUUGCUCAGGAAGUAUAUCGUGUAAUAUUUUUAGUUUUUACUUUACCUAGAAAUUAGAUUGUCUCCUCUCUGUUUGUAUAUUAUAAUGCUGUGAAUAAUUUCACUGUGUAUUUUCCCGGUUGUACUUACUGUAUAAGUUUUUAUUUUUUGUUUUGUAAAAAUUUAUUAGACAUGUUGACUACGAUAUUCCUAUGAUCUAGCACAAGAGAUCAUCCCUCUCUAAUAGACCACCAUUUAAAGAAAGAAUUUAAGCAUUAUGAUGUAUUUCUCCUCAUAAAAUCUCAUGUAGAGCACAAUUUGUGCAACAAAAUUCAUUGAAAGUAGCUCCUGGCCAAGAUUUUAAGUUUUUUGAUGCAUGAAUUCAAACUUCCUGCUCAUAAAAAAACAUGAUUCACCUGAAUUAAAUUGCCAACUAAACGUUGCCAAAAUAGUCCCUUUAGUGUAACAGUAUGGCAACCUUAACCUUGGCGCAUCUGCAGCUCGUAACUACAGCUGUACAUCAUUAACACUUUGAACACUGCGGGGCAAGAACACUGCCCCCGAAGAAGCCUGCCAAAACCAUUGUAGUAAGCAAUUUGAUUCUUCUGAAAAAAAAUUUCUUGAGUGAAUUGUAUUCUAUGUAAAAUUUCGGAGAGGAAACCAACAUACAUCAAAAUGCUUAAAUGCGUACCUUGUCCAGUGGUCCAUUCUUUUGUGCUGCAAAAGUUACUCACUUUAAAAAAUAGAAGAGCUGUUUAAUUAAUUAGUAAUGUGAAUAAUAUGUCAUUUAUUUUGUGUCUGAGGGGAGCUCAACGAAUCUGUUUUUCCCUCCAUCACCCUGGAAAAUUUAAUUUAAGUAUCCUAAAUUGGACUACUCUCUCUCAACAAAUGUUAUGCACUUAAAAGUGUCCUGCAAUAAGAAAACCUAAUAUUCGAGUUCUUUUGAGUAACUGUAGAACCACUGUAACCACCGUAGAAAAAAAGGCCCUUUACCUAGUGAAAUUUGACCUUUUUUUUACACUCUUCUUCUCUUUCUCUUUUUAAAACUAUUGUAAUUGUGAUAAUUUUAUUUGUCUUGUUUUCCCAUAGAUAUUUAAGAUCUCUGUCAGUAGAUGGAACAAUGUAAAGUAAUUCCAAGAAGUCAAAAAAAUUGAAGCGCUGGGUGAAGGAAGGGCAUUUCUUGAUUGCUGUGUCUCAGAAAGUAUAUAUAUUGUGUUGAGACUCAUCUGAAUAUUUUCCAUGAUUCAAAAAUGUCCUAAACAAAAAAUUUCAAAAAAAAAAUAUUUAAUUAGCUCCCUCUAAAAAAUUUGAAUUAGCAGCAGAGAUUCUGAAACUCCUCAGUGAAGAGGUACCCUGCCUCCACCUAGCGCCUCAGUUAUCGUACUAAUGAUAAAUGUCAAGUUACUAAAUAAUCCCCCCCGGGUAUUGUGAAUCAUUGUGUUACGUUUGAAGGGAGGCAGAACUGAAAGAAUAUUCCAGUUAACUUAUCUUACGGCUCAGAAUUGUUUUUAAACUUAUGUUUAAGUAUUGUAGCAAUCUCAGUAAGUGCACUGUUUUAGAAUUUUGUGUGUGCGUUUUCAAAUUUCUAUUCCUAAAAAUCUAGUCUUUAUGAAGAUUCAACUAAUGGUAAUGAGCACUUUGUUUUGUCAUUUCACCUCUGCAUAAUUAGUUACUCAUGGUCAAUGGAUGUUUUUUUUUUUUUUUUUUUCUCAGGAAAUUUUUUCUUACUUUUUGUAAUGAACACUCUUGAAUUUUUCCUAUAUACUUGGACAUACUCUUAAAAUCCAGUGAUAAAUGUAUCUGCUUCCAAUUAUUCAUGAAUGAGGUGUAAGCUUUCUAUACUUCUAUUGACAAAUUCUCCGUAAAAAUCUUAAGAAAAAAGUUAAAUUUUUUUCCCUAAUGAAGGAGGAAAUACCAACAACAAGAUUGUGGAUAAGCCAUUGUAGGUAGUAUUCUGAACUCUGAAGUAACUAACCAAAAUCUUCAAUGCUGUGUGUACCUAUUUAUUUUGAACCUUAGUGUUAAUUUCCUUUAUUUUGCUCUUCCAAUGUUUUUGUCACGUAUUUCUUUCUUUUAAAUUCAAAAAUUCCAUUUUCCCAUCAGCUUUGCCAACAGUGCUCUGUUUUAGCGAUAUGUGAUAAGUCAUUCUAAAGGUAAAAAGUUUACCUUCCAUAUCUAGAUCUUUCUUUUUUUAUUUUUUAGUGUUCUGCGAAAAAAAGAGGAAUCACUGUAAAAUCUAGCUCUUGACAUUUUUUAAGAACUUAAUGAUCAUCAAAUUAUACUCCAAAAUAGUCAUUGCUUAUGACUUCAUUAAGCCAAAAACGUCUAUCAACAAUGGAUAUCUUAGGCUGCAGCGAUUACCCAAAUGCAAGAUGCUAAUGAGCUGCCGAUAAAACUUUGCCUUUAAUACCAAAGCACUCCUUUGGACCUCAUAUUUUCUUUCUAAAACUCGUUAUGUAGAUGAUUCCCUUUGCUUAGUAACGUCCAUCGGUAACAGACCAGUGACUCUACUAAUGGGCACUCUUUGAAGAUGAUAAUCUAGAAGAACUUUAGUUUACAUUUCCUUUAUAUUUGACUCAAUGUAUUUAUUCUUAAUUUGAGUGACACCUCUGCAGUCAGAAUUUUAAAAUUGAUUCUGAUGAUGAGCCUUUGGAUCCAAUGGAAGUAAAUUGUUUUGCAAAACACCUAUUUCUUUGUUUCGGUUUCCAUUCGGCAUCAAGUCUUGAGCAGUAUCAAGCACUAGUUAUCAUUUUUGAAGAUUUCUUGACUGAAUUUUGAGAAAUCCGUUUGCCUCCAAGGUCAUUCAAUUCAAUGUAAGAAUGUUAAUUUUUCGGCAGUUGUGAAGGAGAAAUAUUUAAAAUAGGAUGUGUUCAGGUUGAAAUAACCUGGAAGACAGAGAACUGACAGGAAAUUUUUUAAGGAAGACUGGAAUUUUGAAAAAUCUUGAAAUUUAAUUUAAAUAUGAAAAAAUUAAUAAAAAAUAAAAUCUCUCAGUCUAGUUAGGGGCUCAAUGUCCUGAGUUAUUCUCCGAAAAAUGAACAGAGAAAUAAUUUUCAAUACGGAAUUGUAAUUUCUUUUUAAUGAAUGAUUAAGGAAUGCUCGAAAAAAAAAGGUUCACAUGUUUCUGCCAUUUGUAUUAAAAUUAAUAGGCACCAAGAGUGUUUAAUUUUUAGUUCUAUGCGUGAAAAUUGUUGAUGUGAAAUGUCAGGUAGUUUUGUUCAUUUUGUUCAGAAAAAACCUGGAAAAGUCAGGUAUUUUUUUCCCACCAGUUUGUAGACACCCUGAUUUAAAAAGUUCAUAAUGGAACUUUCACUUUGUUGGUCAUAGUUAUAAAAUUUCGUCUAAAUCAUCAUAUCCUAUGCUUUUCAAUGAUAUGGGUUGACAAAAUAUUCGGUUUGUAAAAAAAACGAAGUUUUCUAGUUGUCAAUAGACAAUUAUUUUUUUUAUUUUAUUUUUUUCCAUACUAAAAAAGGUCAACAUCAAUUAGAUCUACUUCAGAUCUGACUAGAAAUAAUGCCAGAAAA